AUGUCGGUAGAUAUCUCGUGGGACACCAUCACUCAAGGUCCUGACGGCGAAGCUCGCGCAGAGAAAAUACGAGAGUUUAUCCACGACAGGUUCCAGCAAGUCCCGUUGCCUCGUUUCAUCAAGUCUGUUCAGGUGCACUCGUUUAGCUUUGGUUCAGCUUGCCCAGAGGUCGAGAUCAAAGACAUAAGUGAUCCGCUGCCUGAUUUCUACGAAGAUGACGACGAGAAUGACGAUGAGAGUGACGAUGGUGUCACCGACAGCACCAGAGAUCAGCAGUCAACAGCGGCCUGGUCGAAUGCGCGUCCACCACCCACAGACCCAUUAUCCUCCAAUGCUGCUCGAGGAGAGCCACAUCAUUCUCGUUUCAUCAAUGAAGCUGGAUUUUCAGGUAUCCCACGCAGUGGUACCCCGGGCAUCCCUGGAGGUACUUCCAACUUCAAUUACUUCCACAUGCCGAUUGGAGGCUUGUCUGGAGCACAGACACCAUUGGCAGCUGUUGCUAGCGGUACUCCCUUUUCACCUGUGGGCUGGCAUAUGGACCGCCCUCAUACUCCCCUGCAUGGCCAUGGCCACGGCAUAGAAACCAACGAACCAUCUACGAGACCAUCUACCGCUACGACGCUGCUGACAUCGCCCGACCUUGCAAGCAUCAACGCGGGACCCGCCGACCACCUACAUCAUCAGGGAUACUCACAGGCACAGAAAGUCUCAGAUGAUCCCUCCCUCGAUUUUGACACCCCUGUGCGGCCUCCCCAGCUCCCCGCACCCCAGCCUUCCGACAUGCAGGUCGUUGCACGCGUCAACUACUCUGGAGAUGUCCGCAUGAUGCUCACUGCAGAGAUCUUGUUAGACUACCCUAUGCCGAGCUUUGUGGGCAUUCCUCUGAAGCUGUCCAUUACCGGCAUGACCUUCGAUGGGGUUGCAAUACUAGCAUAUAUCAGAAAGCGCAUGCACUUCUGCUUCUUGGACCCCGAGGAUGCAGAUACUUUGGUCGGUGACCAUUUCACACAGGACGCCCCAUCACACGACACCUCAGACCGCAACCGGGCCAAAUCUAAAACUACAGUGCCUAACAUUGGGCUGCUCAAGGAGAUCCACAUCGAGAGUGAAAUUGGGCGCCAAGAGAGCGGGAAACAGGUCCUUAAAAACGUUGGCAAAGUGGAAAAAUUCGUACUGGAACAGAUCCGCCGCAUCUUCGAAGAGGAAUUCGUCUUUCCUAGCUUCUGGACUUUCCUUGUAUGA